AUGAAGUUCUCUUCCGUUAUCACUCUCGGCUUCGCUGCCCUCGCCACCGCCGCUCCUCUCGGCGCUCGACAGGCCACCGUCUUCUCCACCCAGACCUUCAACGACCUCUCCAUCAGCGGCGGCACUGCCGGUACCGCCAAGCAGGAGGCUCUUGACAAGCUCUCCGGUCUCCCCACCGACCUCAGCACCGUCGCCAAGGCCGAUCUGGACUUCCUCAACAGCGUCAACUCCAUUGCCAACGACGCCGAGAAGGAGGCCUUCAACCCCGCCAUUGAGGCUGCCACCGGCGAGGAGGCCGACGCCCUUCAGCGUGGCAAGAUCAAGAACAAGCUGGAGGCUCAGGCGGCCCAGGGCGAGGACGUCGCCGAUAAGAUUGCCGCCGAGCAGAAGAAGCUCGACAACAACAUUGCCCAGGACGAGGCCGAGGCUGGCAACGCAUCUACCGCCCUCGACUUCGACGCUUCCACCGCAUAA